GAGACAAUAGUAAGAGUAUUCCUAUUUGCUAAUGAUAUUUUAGCUUAGGUUAAUUUAAAAUAGUAUGCAAAAUUUUUCUAAAGGUUGCACGGGAUUGGUAAAGUAGAUUUUUUCCCCCCAAAAUACACUUUAGUUGUUUUCCUUUUUUCCUCCUGCAAUCUUACUGUUAGUAUCAAAAAUUAUUAUUAUCAAAAUUACUCAUUCAUUUUUUCACUCAAUCGGACUCUGAUUUUCUUUAGUACAUACUAUUUCAUGAGUUUUGCUGCUUCUUAUUGCUUUCAUUUUAUCCUGAAUUUGUCUUCACUCUUAAUGAAAAGACACAUUACUUAUGUAUUUUCUUUCAUUUUUCCACUUGACUGAAAUCUCGGCGGCACUUUCUAGAUCGCAAAGGAAAUUUUAUAUUAGUUUAUUAGACGGUAUGGCUACAGCUCGUAUGAUUUAUCAAUCUUUGAAGGUAAAGUGAAAACCCCUUUUUUCUACGCGAUACCUUGCUCCUUUAACCCAGGUUGGUUAUUCAAGUACUUUCUAAUUUUAAGGGAUAUUGAUGUGGAAUGCGAUAGUAACAUUCAGAUGUCGAUAUUUUCAGGGCUCUAAAGGUGCAUAUUCUAUCGAUUUGUAUGCACUGACAAGUUGUAGGCGUUUUCUUGUCCGUCUCAUAGCUUAUGAUGUUACUACUAUCUUCCUCCCUUCCCUCACUUUUGGUCUUGGGAUGCUUGAAUAUUAUACCUAAACGUAUUAAUAUUCUUGAAACUGCCGAUAUUUAUACAUGACACUUUUUUUUCUGAAUACUUCUGUAGUGAACCUUAUAUUAUUACCUCCCUCUACUCAUUGUUAUUUUUAUUACUAUUAUUUGAAAUUAUUCAUUCAUAUAUCAAUUAACAAGACAGAAUAUUUCUAUAUUAGGGUUUUCUAUUUUCAGUUUACUUUUCCGCUUCCAACAAUUGUGUUACUUUUGCCGCACCAUUUUUUUUUUUGUCCCAUACAUAGUUGUGAAAUCCUUUUCCCCUUUUUUUUUACAUACACCUGCGCUCAACUAUCAUAUCAAAUAUAA